AUGACCUUAACUGAUAAUUUCAGGCUAUCAACGAAAGAUGAUUUUCUGCUAAAUACUGAGCGCAAACCGCAGAUUGGCAGAGUGGGCAGAUCGACUGAGCGGGUUGUGAGGCAGAAGAUCUCUCUCUUGCAUUUCCGCAAACACUGCAUUUGCACGACGUUUGCAGGUUUCCUCCCCGCUCUCGACAAGCUCGGCCGGAUCUACCAUGUCUACCUCACACCCGACCACGCCAUGUUCCUCCACAACCUCCUCGGCGGCGGUGGAGUCCAGUCCGUCACCCAGUUCGACAAGGACGUCCUCUUCCGCCACUAUCGCAUCUCCAGCCAGAACGCCGCCCGGAUCGCCUUCGCAGUGGAUGCCUCCCUCCUCCACCGCGCCCUCCGCAGCGCCCUCACCAUCCAGGAGCAGGCCCGCGACGAGACCGCCGCCAUCCAGAUCAAGCUCGUCAAGAAGCUCCCCACCGGCUCCCGCAACCCUGCCCCCUUUCUCACCUUUGAGACCAAAGGGAGGGUUUCCGCCGUUGUGCAGGACGUGCCCAUCUCCAAGCCCCUUUCCCGGUCCGACGUGCUUCAGAUCCAGUCGGCCUUGGAUGCUUCUCAAGAUCUGCCUCAGACUUUGGUUCAGGUCCCUGAUCUCGCUCAGCUCCAAAGCUUGGUGGACCGUCUCAAGUUUCUACUUCCCUUGUCACAGUUGGGUCUGAAUUAAGGAAACUGAGAGUCCUAGGUGUUCGAGAUCACUAUCAAGGAAGAAUGUUCAAAGGAAAGUAAAGGCUAAGGAGAAGAAACCAUAUACUCCAUUCCCUCCUCAGCCACCAAGCAAGGUGUCCUCAAGAGUACUGGGAAGAAUGCCGACAAGC